AUGCGACGACCACAAACGCAGCAAACGUCUUCAACACAAAACAACAAAUCCUUGGAAAGAAAGGUUCAAAAAACUAUGGCAAACUUAAAAGCGUCAGAAAGUUUACUUCCAAAAUCGUUGUUGGAUCGUGAUUCGAAGCUUGUUCCAAACAACGUUGCUGCAAAAACGUUUAAGCAUGGGCGUACUCUUCAUAAUGUUCUCUGUUGCAAUGAUCUUUCUCCCAAAAAAGUCAAUAAAGUUCCGACAACCUCCUCAACUAGAGAUAGAGGACGUAUUCCAUUUUAUCGAAAUGUUAACCGCAGUGCUAAUAGUACUAACAAUUCUGUGAGUUUAUCAACAACAAAAAAUUCAUCUCAAGUAAAGGAAGCUACCACAAUUGGGCCUAAAAGGAAGAUUGAAUUUUCUAAAGCUCUGGACCCUCCUCUUAUGCAAAAUCCUCGUUUUGAUGAAAGUGGUUAUGCUAUUCCAAAUACUACCAAUUCAACACCAAAAAUUAAAAUAACGAGAGAUAUUAACAAACAAAAUAAUCAUUUAUUUGGAGAUUCUGAAUUUCUUAACAAUUCUGUACAAACAAUAAGUCCAAAUGUUUAUCGUGGAAGAGCCGCAGUAUCGACAGAUGGGGAUGAGAAUUUUGAAAGUGCUUUUGAGGAAUCUUUUGACACUGAAGAGCGUGAAAGGCGUGAACAAAUUGAUAAAUUAGAGAAGAUUAACAAAAAUAAAGACGAUAAAUUUUCUGACUUUUUUGAUGUAAAUAUUGAUAAAACAAUCGAAGCGGAAGAUGAUAAUUUCCCUAUAAAUCUACCUUCAAUUCCAACUGAAAUUCAACCAACAUUCAUUGCCGAUUUGGAUAAACAUGUUAAAGAAAUUAAAGAGGGACUUAAUUUUGUGUCAGAAAAGUUGGAUUCUGUUGUUGGGCAUAUGGAUAAAACUUUGGGGGAUUCGAAUAUUUAUGAAGAAAAUGGAAUGGCUAGUAAUAAAUUUGGACGUUUAUCUACUUCGUUUAAGUCAACUCAAACGCCUGAAUCAUGGAUAAACAAAAACAAUGAAGAGACAAGUCAAAAUAAAGGUGAAAGAAAUGAUGCUUUAAGUGUAAAAAAGAAACGUGACUUUAUUUUCGAUCGAAAAUAUAUUUUACGUCAUCGAAUAGAUACACUUAAAGAAUAUACAAGAAUUCAACUUUAUUUAAUUCGAGAAGAACAAAGGAAUGCUUUUGGAAAUAAAGAGAGUUAUUCAAACAAGUUUAAACAAUUAAUGAAUGAUUUUGAUUUGGAAAAGAAGAAAAUAAAGAUGGAAUUAAAUGAGAAUGUUGAUAAGUCAAAAUUAAUCGAUCAUUAUGUUCAAAUGUUUAAACAACAAGAAGAAACUCGUAAAUUAAUUGCUCGUUUUAAGGCCAAACAAGAAUUACAAUUUAUGGAACGUCGUUAUUUUGAAUAUUGUCCUGAUUUAAGUUCAUCUCCUGCCAAAGCUCAAGAAAAGCAACUGCCAAAUUUUUCGCCUGGCCUGCAUGAACUAAAUAUUGAAGAAGACUCUGAAAAUUCUGAUGGGGAUUUAGCUGAUGAGCUUGACUCUACUUUGGAGGUUUUUGAUACCGUACAAUCUUGCCAAGUUGCUGACAAUCUUUCAGAUUCUUCUACACCCAAAAAAUUAACUCCAAAAAUUCCUCUUCUUGAUUUUACUUUGCUUUCAAUUAAUGAAGAUAUUCGUCGAAAAAAUAAUAUCCCUAAACAAUUUAUUCAAAAUUUUGAAGAAAAUCUCCCAGUUCCUAUUAUCGAAAAGGUUACUUCAUCAGCAGAUAAUUUUAAUUCUUCUGUUCAACAAUGCCCUUUAGAGUUUUUGGCCGAUAUGGCUUUGACAAACGAAGAGAAUGAAUUGAAUGAAGAUAUUUCUGUUUUACCUUUACAACAAAUAAAUGCUCAAUUGAAUGAAAAUACUUCCCAACAAGAGCAAGAAAAGACUGAACCGAAAAAUGAUUCUAUCAUUUCAACAUCUUCUGAAGAAGAAAAUAAUUCGGGUGGUAACACCAGUGAGGAUAUUACUUCAUUGCCUUUUGUUAGCGAAAAUGUAAUAAAUUCUACAAAUAAUGGAUUAAAUCAGAAUCUUACAAGCGAAAAGGUUCAAUCACCUCGUGUUAAAAAUCUUGAGAAUAUUGUUAUUGCUCAAGAACAGCUUAUUGCUCAAAUUUCUAACAAAAAUGUUCAAGCUGAAAAUAAUGUUGCUACUUUGGAGGAAAUUUUCGAUGUAGUUGAAGUAAAUGAUUUGGGUGGAGAGUUUCCUUUGAUUUCAAAUCGAAAUGAGACGGAUUCUAUACUUGAAGAAAUUCCAAGUCCGCGUGACACUGAUUCAAUAGAAAAUAAAAAGGAUAAUGGAAUUAUCGAGGGAAGUAUGUCCAAUCAAUCCAAAAUUAAAAGUGUGAAUACAUCAUCACGUGAGAGAACUUCGGCAGAAAUUGAGUCGAUUCCUGAGGAGAUUGUUUCGAUUAAAAAUGGUUAUGCUUCUGCAAAUACAAUAUCCUCUUCAAGUAUUGAUUCAAAAUCUGAGCAAAGUCAACAACCAGAAUCUAAUAAUGAGAUAGAAAAGAACAUUACAUCUCGAAAUAAUCAGUUAAACGAAUCACUUAAUUCAACAUUGGAAGAUGUUUCUGAUGGAAUUGUUUCUUCUUUCAAACCAUCAGAGAAAUCACUUCGUUCAAUUCUGUCUCCUAUGCCAAGUACUUCUUUAUGCACUGGCCGUGACAGUUUAAGCCGUCGCCGAAGUUCAGCUAGCGAAGCUCUUGUUAAAUUACGUUUAAUGAAUAAUGUUCCCGCUAUUUCAAGAAGUCCUCCUCCUAUUAAAAGUCCACCUAGAGCAACUCCCCGUUCACCAACAGAACGUUAUUUGACGAAAUUUCCUCAAAAUAUUUCUGCCCGAGAAUCUAUUUGCAAUGAUGAUAUUUUAAAUUCUCGUCAAUCUAUUGGGCCUUCUGAACUUCUUGAAGAUUUGCCAAAUGCAAGCCAGAUAGGAAUGGUUCUCGAUUUAAGCCAUUCUCCUAUUGCUAGCUUGUCUGAUAAAGAAUUAAUUAAAAAAGAUGAAUAUUUUGAGGAGAAAAAAUGUAUUGAAAAAUAUGUUAAAUUUCUUUGGAAGAAUUUUAUGGAGAAUGGAGAAAUUGAUUUUAAUUCAAUUCCAAAAUGGGAAGAGUUUAAUAUUGAUGAAGGAUUUGAGGACAAUUUUAGUGACAACUUAAAAAUUCCAAAAAAUUUGCUUCGCCAACUUUGCUAUGAACGAUGGUUUAAUUUAAUUCAAAAUACAAAUUGUCUUUUAUCUUCAAAGAAAAUUUUGUCUACAGAAGAGAAUCUUAAAGAUUAUUUGCAAAAGGAAGUUCUUUCACUUUUUGUUGACAACAAAAGAGAAAUUUGUCCAAAUGGAAUAAAAUUACGGGCAGAGAAAACUUCUCAUUUGGCAUUGGAUGUUAAUCGAUUACUUUUAGCUCAAUAUGUUUAUGAGAAUUUAAUUGUUUGA